GGGGUCAGCGCGCAGCGCGGCGCGGAUCGGCCGCCUCCGGGAGCGGCGCCGCGGCUGUCAGCGAUACCCGCCGGGUCGGCCGGGACCGCGCCUCACCGUAACGGGGGUUCCCUGACCGCGGAGCGCAGGUGCAGCGAGCGGCUCGGCCAUGGCACCGCGUAGGACUGGGCCCAGCUUGGUGGCUGCCUGGGGCCCUGCCAGCCACGUGCGGAGCAGCGGUGCUGGAGUGAUGGGCUGAACCCAUGGGAGGAAGCAGCACCUGUCCAGGUGGGCGCCCGGCAGCCCACUGGGAGGCGUGAAGGCCCGUUCCAGCAGGGGCAUGGCCAAAGUGUUCUUCAGGCUACAGAAGUUCCUUCGGCGGACCCAGUUUCUGCUCUUUUUCCUGACUGCCGCGUACCUCAUGGCUGGCAGCCUCCUGCUGCUGCAGCGCGCCCGCCUUGCAGCCCAGCAGGGACCACGUGGGUCCUCGGGCCUGGCACUGCCAGGGCCAGACAUGGGGCUGGGAGCCAAGGCUGCAGACCCUCACCUGGCGCAGAGCCCUGGUGCCCAGCUCCCCAUGGGAGUGGACACGCUGCCAGAGGUGGAACUGCGGCACAGCCCGCGCUGGAUGGCGUCCCGCAACUCAGAGCUGAGGUGGCUGCGGAGGAGGUGGUUCCACAGGUUCAUUGGUGACCAGGAGCCCAUGCAGACCGCGGGACUGAGAGCCAUGAGGGGUACCGCCGAGCACAAAGGCACCUACGUGGGCUGCUUCAGCGAUGACUCGAGGGAGAGGACACUGAAGGGAGCUGUAUUCUACGACUUACGAAAAAUGACGGUGGCUCACUGUCAGGAGGCGUGUGCUGAGAGGGCCUAUGCCUACGCAGGUCUGGCGUACGGAGCAGAGUGCUACUGUGGGAACAAGCUCCCAGCCACCACCUCCAGGCCUGAGGAGUGCAACAGCGAGUGCAAGGGCGAGAAGGGCUCGGUGUGCGGCGGAGUGAACCGGCUGUCAGUCUACAGAGUGGAGGAGCUGCAGGCGGCGGCACCGCGACGGAGGAAUGUUAUCUAUCGAGGAUGUUUUAGAGCUCCAGAAAAUUUAACAGACACCUUUCCAGCCUCUUUGAUACAGCCCAAUUUGACGGUGGAGAUGUGCUCUGAAUUUUGCUCCAAGAAAGAGUUUCCCUUGGCAGUGAUCCGGGGGCGGGAGUGCUACUGCGGAUACCCCACGGGGCACUUCCCACUGCGGCACGGCGCAGACAGGCGGCUCUGCAGCGCGAUGCCCAACGCCAGCAGCGCUGCCGCGGGGGGGUACUGCCUGGCCUACCAGACACCGGUGCAAGACACCCGCUGCACAGACAGGAAAUUCUUAACCACGAAAUCCAAAGGGUUCAUUGCUUUGUCAAGCUUCCCAGGGGCUGGCAACACGUGGGCUCGCCAUUUGAUCGAGCACGCCACAGGUUACUACACAGGCAGCUAUUACUUCGAUGGAGCCCUCUACAACAAAGGCUUUAAAGGAGAAAAAGACCACUGGCGAAGUAGACGGACCAUCUGUGUGAAAACACAUGAAAGUGGCAAGACAGAGAUUGAAAUGUUUGACUCUGCUAUCCUGCUGAUACGGAACCCGUACAAAUCACUCAUGGCAGAGUUCAACAGGAAAUUUGCUGGGCACCUGGGCUACGCCGCAGACCGCAACUGGAAGAGCAAAGCCCCUGCAUGGAGCUGCCUGCUUGCGCAAAGAGGAGAGUUCAGCUUCUAGAAGCACAGCACUUUGAAGAUGCUGAGCUGCAGCUCUGCCCGUGUGGUGUCCUGUCCGUCCCAAGGGGCUCCCAGGCAGCUGGGUGACUCUCAGCACUGCUAAUGCCUGAAACCAAGAAGUCCAGGUGCCUGGUGGCCAUGCAUUUGGGAACUCCGUGUCCUCCCCACUUUGCACAGCAGGAGAGCAGUGCACCACGACUGCAGAGCUGAGUAGCUGCAGCCCUGCAGCUGGCCGCGUUGCUUUCUCCAGCGCUCACAUCCAACCACCUCAUACAUGAUCAGCACCUCUAAUCUAGUUCCAGCUUAGUAUUUGGAACACUGUGGAAGCAUCAUGGCUAAUAUGCUCUCAUUUUCCUGGUUUUCCCAUCGUCUAGACUGGCCAGAUUUCGUGAACAGCUAUGCCUCCUGGUGGGCCUCCCAUGUCCUGGACUGGCUGAAGUAUGGAAAGCGUCUGCUUGUCAUCCACUAUGAGGACCUGAAACAGAGCCUCAUCCCCAAGCUGAAGGAGAUGGUGGAGUUUUUGAACAUGACAGUGACAGAGGACCGUCUGCUUUGUGUCGAGAACAACAGGGACGGGAACUUUAAGCGGUCUGGUGCUAAGCAAAAGGAUUUUGAGCCAUUCACCCAGGAAAUGAAAGAUCUUAUCAACAGAUACAUCCUGACAGUGGAUGAGGCCCUGAGGGGAAGAAACUUCACAGGGCUGCCCAGAGAGUAUGUGCCAAGAUGAUAGCAUGGCAGCAAUCAACUGUGCUUAAAAAUAAUUUUUUUUAAAGAAAAAGAGACUAGACCUUUAUAGCAGCUAAAGCAAAGAGACUUGGGGUGUCUGCCGAGCAGUGCAAAUUCUCGCUACUCUGAGGUGUUCUUCAGGGUGCCAGGUGAUCCAAAAGGCAAGCAGCAGAGGAUAUAAUUUGGGUAGCAGAACAAGGCUGAGCCACCACUGUCUGCCUGCAGGCGCUCCUGUGCACAGCCAGAGCCUCGUGGCAUAGCUCCAAUGCUCCUCACUGCUGGGGAUUUCAUGGCUACCAGUUUGGAAACAGGAAUACGUAAAGGGAGGAAAAGUGUGGCAAUGCCGAUAAACAAUUUUCAUCUGAGCACUUCAGAAAAUCUGUUCCUUUCUUCUCAGCAUAGCCUACAGCUUCCCUCUGCAGAGCCGCUGGCCCAGCCCAGCCUGGCCCCAUGCUCUCACCAGCCACAGCCCCAGUGAUGGAACGGAGAUCUGCACAGCUGCUCACUGCCCCUGUGCUGGGGAGCACCCAGUGAGCAGCACAGCUGGAGAGACUGUGAGGCACUUCUGUUCAUGUGAAAUAAGGGAUUCCUUGAAAACUUGCCCAAAAACAUUAGUUUUAAUAAAACCAGACGUUUGUAUAAAGGGA